AUGUCUAUAGUCGAUAAAGAAUAUCUUGAAUAUAAGGACAGGGCAAAUUCUAAUAUUUCUAAGUCUAAGAGGAAAAUAGACCAGCUCAAAGAACAACUCGCCUCCAUGAGCCUGAAUAGUAUUAGUCAAAUCGCUGAUCAUCAAGAACCCCAACACCAGAGGUUGAACUCUCGUGGCCAAGGCUUAUCCUCCGACCAAAAUCCAGCCAUUCAUGAUGGAAGAGUUAGCCAUUCUAUCUUUCAAGAAUCUCCAGUGCGUCAAAAAGAAAUGGGGAACACUUACGACAGACAAGAGAUGGGCACAGAUGAGAAAAUGCUAAGAGAAAACUUUGAUUUCGAAACCCAAGAGCAGUUCAUCACAAAUGAGAUCAGAGAAGUCACUAGGGAUAGGCUUGGUUCUCACUCCCCAGAUUAUUCAGAUAAAUUUGAGCAACAAGACAAUCCUCCAAUUGAUCUCUUGGACGAAGAGCAGCUGGUCAGGACCAACACAGUCCCUCUAGAAACCGCUGAGAGGCACUUCGUCCAGGAAGAGGCUAAAUCUUUCAAAAAUAAGAUCUCUUCCACUGUCCAAGCAAAGAUAGCCAAUAAUUCAGAGAAUCCUGAACUUACUCUUCUACGCACAAACCUGAAAGAUAAAAUAGAGACUUGGAGGAGCCUCAAAAAUCGAAUUCUCGGUGGCUUAUCGACUUUCCAAGAGAAACGUGCCGAAUAUGAAAACAUUCAGAACUACUUUAAGAACAGAGUAGUAGAGGCUGGUGAGACAGAGGCCCUCCUAAAGAAUGAGCUCAACCAAGUGCGUGAAAGACUCUCCACUAUCAAAGUGAUAAAGAAACGACAGAAGAAAAUGUCCGCCAGAAACAAGAAGAAAUGGCUUGAAUCCUUAAGGAAGCUCACUCAUGAUAUUGAAAACCUUAAGGUUAAGAAGAAAACUGUAGAGGAGUCUAUCUCAAAGAUUAGGCAGGAAGCAGAAGAUUUGCAUACUUUUGAAAUGAAGAAAUUCAAAGAAGUUCUCGCAGAAACAGAAAGAGCACUUGAUAAAAUUGAAGGUGAAAGGAAAAGAGAUGAAGCCAGGCUUGAAGAACUAGAAGCCUCCCUCUCAGAGCUCCGUCAAGAGUAUUCAUCGAUGGUCGAUGCUAAAGCUUUGAAGGAAAAAUGAAUUCAUGAGACUCAACAGAGGAUCAAAAUGCUAGAGGCUGAUAUUAGAAAUUACGAAAAGGCAAAUCCCUUGAUUGUUGAAAAAUAUCAAAGCAAAGCAUCUCUCAAGCAGGAUCUGGAUAAUCUCAAUGCCAAAAUUAAGAAGAUGCAGGUCCAAGUUGAUUCCAUCAACCAAGAUAGAGUAUAUAAGCAGAUGAGGGUAGACAAAGAAAAUGAGAAUAUCCAGAAAAACGAAGAAGAAAUUGAAAAACUUACUAGCCAAAUUGAAGUCCUCAAGACUGAACAUGAAGAGAACAUCAAGCGCAUCGAAGUAUAUUUCAAUAGAAAAAGACGUGAAACUGGAAUGGAUACUCCUCAUGUUUACGUUCAUGACCUUGUCAAAAGACUUGACACAAUCACCAUAGGUGAUGAGGUCAGAAUCAAAGAAGGAGAAGUUCUCUCAAAAAUCAGAGCUUCCUUGCUUGAUAAUGUGAAAAGAACAAUUGGAGUACUCGAUGAACAGAUUAAAGAAAAAUCUAUGGAUCUUUUACAUGUCAGGGAAACUUUAAAAGAGCAAAGCAGGCAUCAUCAGGAAGAAAAUGAGCACUCUAGUAAAUUACAGCAAACAUUAAUCAAGAAAUUCAAAAUUUUGGUUCAUGAGUUUAGAGAUUUGAAAAUUAAGAAAUAUAAAACUGAACUGAGGCUAAAGCAUAGAUCCAUAGCAAUUGAUAAAUUCAUCUAUGAACAGAAAUCAAAGAUUCCUGAACUUGAAAGAACCAUUUACUUUAACCUCAAGUUUCUCCCUACCGAUCAAGAUAUAGUAGAUCACAUUAUAAAUGAGCAGCACACAAAGCCUGGUUGAGUAACUCAAGAAGAAGCUCUCCCAGAAACUGUGUUCAGCUUUUACAAACUCAUCAAAGCUAGAGAAAGCAAAAUUCAGGAGUUAUCUGAAAAAAGAAGCAAUUGCCACUUCCUCAUUCGUGAAAGCAAAGAAAUCCUUGAAGGUAUCUCCAUUGGCAGCAACAGUGAAGAGCUUUAUUACCAACGUAAGGCCCAACUCACCGAUCUCAAGAUUCAGGCAAGUAAGCUCCAGACUAAGUUUGGAGAAGUUUCAGCCACGCUUGAGCUUGAACUUUUCGAUAUUGGUAACAAGAAUUUCAAGACCUACUACAAGAAAAGUCUUCAUGACGUUGCACGUAAAAUGGACAAAGUCUAUGGAACAAAGCCUCUCAAUCAGUUCAAAGGCAAGCAUAAGAGAGAUGUCACUGACUCAUCUCACAUGCUUGAAGUCAGACGUAUCCAGAACUACCAAGCAGCCUUAAGGCUGCUAGAUGAGUCUCGGGAACAAGUUGAAAGGCUUGAGGCCGAUAUUAAGACUCAUGUAAGCGAGUCUCUUCAGAACCUCCGCAAUAAGAUCAGUUGCGAAGAGUCUAAAAUCAGCAAGAUCAAGAAGCAGUACACUGCAGUUGUGGAUGCAGAGAAGCAGCUUCAUAAGCACAUUAAGGCUGCAAUUAUGUACAAAGAAUUAGAAAUAAAGCAGAAGACGCAAAGCUUGUACCUGGAACGUAAGCUCACUCAUGUCGAAGAGGAGCUAGAGACAGUGGAAAAAGAAAUUCACGAGAACACUUCUCUUCAUAACCAAAAGCUUAAUGAGACUUUUAUCGAUGAUGGUAAUGACACACUCUCGAAUAAUGAGUCGAUGUCUCAGCAUGAUGCCGAAUUAGAGAUUGAGCAGGAAGAAGUGGCAAUGAAGCAGAAGGAGAGUCAGCUCAUUGAUGCCAUAAGCAAACUCGAAACUGAAAUUAGUCCUAAUCUCAGAAAAAUGAAUGCUGAGAGAGACAGCUUGGAAGUCGAGCUUGUCUCUAUAAAAGCCAAAGUUGAGACGCAGUAUCUGAGAUACAAUGAAGUAAGGGAGAUGAUAGACGGACUUAAGGAAGCUAUUGAAGGCACUCAACAGGCGGAGCUUCCUCCAAGUGAAAUAGGCUCGUUUGAUGGACCCAGUGUUAGAGAUAAAGUUGAUUCUGAAAUCGAGCUAAUGAGAGAGAACAAAAAAUCUGAGGCUUUCCGUUACUCAAAGCAUGUUGAUAUAUCCACUGUAUUAUCAUCAUCUCAAAUCCCAAAUAAGCCUCAAGAGACAAUUGUUGUUGAAGAAAGCCAGAUAUUGCCUCCUGCCAAAGCCAGCCAACUUGCUUAAUAUCCACCAAGCUAUCUCAAUAUUCAAUUU